UGAAGGAGCUGUAGUGUGGGUCUGCUGCACAGGAAAGUGUUGCACGUGGCUAUGACGCAUUAAUUGAGACUCAAACCAUCAUCAUCAUCUCUAAUCUAAAGGGCAUCUCUACUCCUUACAUGCCGUCUAAGUCUCCUGCGCAGGUCCUGUUAGAAAAGGCAGACAAGAAGGCCAACUCAUCCACUGGCUGGUUCUCGUCCUCUUCCACCAAAUGGGAAGAAGCCGGAGACCUGUAUCAGCAGGCUGCGAAUUCUUUCAAGCUCGAGAAGCUCUUCAAGGAGGCUGGGGACUGCUUUGCUAGGGAGGCAGAGUGUAGGGAGCAGUGCAAGGAAGACAGUGAGGCUGCUAAUGCGUGGUGGAAUGCUGCCAAGGCGUACAAGCGCGGAUAUCCUCAGCAGGCCAUCGAUGCGCUGGGUCAAACUAUAACCUUCCUCACCAAGUGCGGGAGGUUCCGGCAGGCGGCCGAUAGGGAGAAGGAAAUCGGGCAGAUAUAUCUGCAGGAGAACAACGAUCUACGGAAGGCAUGCGACAGCUACGAGCGAGCUGGGGAGUGGUACGCCCAGGAGGACGCCAUGGCCACCGCCAACGCCUGCUUCAAAGACGCCGCCGACCUACACGCCGACCUCGAAGAAUACCCGCAAGCCAUCGCUCGCUACCAAGAAGUCGCCAAUCACUCUUUAGGAUCGAACCUGACGAAAUACAGCGUGAAGGAAUACUGGCUACGGGCCGGCUUGUGUGCUCUAGCUAUGAAUGAUCCUGUCACCGCCCGGCGAAGUGCGCAGGCCUAUGCGAGUCAGGAUGUGACAUUUGCGUCUACUCGGGAGAGCAAGUUUCUGAAUGCCCUGAUUGAGGCUAUGGAAGCUGGAGAUAUCGAGGCUUAUACCGGAGCUGUGGUGGAGUACGACCAGGUUACCAAGCUUGAUAAUUGGAAAACCAGCAUGUUGCUGAAGAUUAAGCGAGGCAUCCAGGAGGAACCGGGCCUCACCUAGGCAGUAGUAGAAAUCGUCGUGUAAUUUUAUGUAUGCUUGGACGGUCGUCAUUAAAUAAAUAAGCCGAUUUGUGCAGAUUUCA